GGAGAAGUGUGUCUGGCCACGUGGCUAAAGGAUGACGCAGUUACGGUGGAGUGAAGUAGAGGAAUGGCUCGAUGCCCAUCCAGAUUUGUUCCAAGAUUACUUUCUACGUAAAACAGACAUCGGAGCAAUCAAUGCUUGGUUGGUGGCUCAUGGGUUUCUCACAAUACAGGAUUACGCCCGAAGAGGUUCGGUGAGUCCUCAGGGAGGCGACGAAAGCAAUGGCCAGAAGAAGUCGAGGAGAUGUCUCCGCCACGAGUUUGCACGGAGUAAGUCCAGGUCAGUCUUCAGGACCCAUGAGAUGGUACCUCCUAUCAACGCCAUACCGACCAGCAGGAGGUCUUCACUGAAGGAUAUGAGAAAGUACUGCUCACUACCUCCCAACUCGAUCCACAUGCUGUCCCUGCUGAUUGAGAGCAAGGUACGGCUACCGGAUUACGGCCCCACCCACAGCCGAUCCGCCAAGCGGGAGGUCCUUCGUACACAGGGAGAACGCCAGUUUUUCCUUUCCAUCGUCAGGGACGUUGCCACUGAGCUUGAUCCCAAGUCCCUUUCGUCUAAAGUGGUUGACAACCUCGCAGUUCUGCUAGACGCUGAUGGAGCGUCGCUCUUCCUUGUCGAAGGACCGCGGGGCAAGCAGACUCUUGUCUCCAAGGUGUUCGACGUUCAUUCUGGAGUUUUCCUGCUUCCAGGCGGAACUGAUGACAACGAGGUGCAGGUUCCUUGGGGUGUGGGCGUUCUUGGGCACGUAGCAGAGACUGGGGAAACUGUCAACCUGCAAGUCGCCUGUGAGGAUCCCAGAUUUGACGACGAGGUUGACAGGAUAAUGGGAUAUCACACUGAAUCACUGCUUUGUAUGGCUGUUCGAAAUUCCCAUGACGAGAUCAUAGCUGUUGCUCAAGUGAUCAACAAGAACCCGGACAAAGAUGGAGGGCAUUUUACUAACAAGGAUGAAAAGCUUUUUGAAACAUACCUACAGUUCGUUGGCAUUGCCCUUACCAACGCGCAGAUCGUAGAAACGUCCAGACAAGAGUAUGAAAGGAAUAGAAAUCUCCUUGAAAUCGUCCAUGAUCUUUUUGAAGAACAGACAUCAUUAGAGAAAGUCAUACUCAAGAUCAUGCAAAGAGCUCAGAGGCUGCUCAAGUGUGAGAGGGCUGCCGUACUUCUAGUUGAUGAACAGGCCUCCACGAUAGAGGAGGUGAAAUUUUCAAAGCUGUUUGAACUGACUUCUCCAACAAAUGGACAUAAUACUAACAACAGGAGGAAGAUCGAAGUUGGUGGUACCGGACUCAGCGGCUACCUUUUAGCCGUGGCUGAGAAAGUGGCUGCCUCCGGAGAGGUCCUCAACGUCGCAGAGUGCCUGGAAGUGGAGCCUAACCCUGGAAUCAGCCUCAAGUCUCUUCUGGCUAUGCCCAUCAGGAACAGCAACUACCAGAUCAUAGGUGUUGCUUCGAUCAUUAAUAAGACAAAUGGACAUUCAUUUGACGAGAAUGAUGAACAAUUGUUUGAGGCAUUCACAAUUUUUUGUGGCCUGGGGAUACACAACACAAUCAUGUACAGCGAAGUGGAAAAAGCAAUGGCGAGACAGAAAGUUACAAUUGAGGUUUUGUCUUACCAUGCAACAGCCACCAAAAAAGAAAUUGAAGCUUUAUUGGAUCUCCCAGUUCCAGCUUGUGACGAGUGGAACCUUUAUUCAUUAUCCUUUGAGGAUUUUUCUUUAAACGAAGAUCAGAUGAUACUGGCCUCUGUGAGCAUGUUUCUAGAGCUUGGAUUGGUUAAAAAGUUUAAUAUAGAAUUAGAGACUUUGUAUCGUUUCCUGAUGACAGUUAAGAAAAAUUAUAGAGAUGUUCCUUAUCACAAUUGGAAACAUGCCUUUAACGUGGCACAAGUGAUGUUUGCAAUUUUAAUGGGGUGUGAAAUGAAGGGAACAUUCAGUGACUUAGAAGUGCUUGGAAUGUUUGUCGGCUGCUUGUGCCAUGAUUUGGACCAUAGGGGAACUAACAAUGCCUAUCAGCAAAAGGCUGGUUCUGCUUUAGUGCUUUUGUAUGGCACCACUAAUACAAUGGAGCACCAUCAUUUUAAUCAUGCUGUGAUGAUUCUAAGCAGUGAGAGUCUAAACAUAUUUUCUUCACUAAGUGCUGAAAACUAUUCAUAUGUUAUGAAGAUUUUGAAGCAUAGCAUUCUUGCUACUGAUCUUUCUACUUAUUUUCAGAACCGGCCAAAAUUUUUUUCAUUGGUUGAGAAACGUGAGUAUUCAUGGGGAAAUGAAAACCAUAGAGAACUUUUGAGGUCUGUGUUAAUGACUGCUUCUGACAUCGCAUCCUCCUGCAAGCCUUGGCAUGUCCAAAAAAAAGUUGCCUACCUUGUUGCUGACGAGUUUUUGAAACAAGGGGACAAAGAAAAGACAGAGCUUAAGAUCCAGCCAAUAGCACUCAUGGACCGGGAAAGAGCUCACGAGCUGCCUCAAUUACAGCUCAAAUGGAUAUCUGAUAUUUGUCUUCCAUUAUAUGAGUCAUUGGGGAAGAUGAAUCCAAAGCUGAAUGUAAUGACAGAUGGUGCUCGGGAAAAUAUCAAACAUUGGUCACUGUUAGCUUCCAACACAGGAAUGCAAAAUUUUGACAUGACCAAUGAUAAUGAUGCAAGCUAACAAAAGAAUCAGAGAAUGACUUUUUAAACAUUUUAAAUGAUUUUAGUUGAGGACAAGAAAAGAAAAAAUGGCUAUACCUAAAAGAAAGAUGGUGGAAAAUUAUUUUAUUUAUUUUUGUAACAUUCAUGUAUAAUCUUAUUUAUUGUUGCUAUUAUAAAUUUUAUUUAGGGACUGAAUUUGAUAAAUUUUGUAUUUUAAUUUUGAAAGUAUUUAUAUUUUUUGAAAAACUAAGUAAAGUGAAACAUAAAUAUUUAUUUUUAUCCUUGAUCCGUCCACUGCUUUUCUUUUUCUUUUUUUUUUUUAGUUAACAACUAUUUUUACUUGUAUUUUACCAUGUAAUUACAUUAUAAAAUUUGAUACUUGUCAUAUUUUUUUAUUUUUUAUUUCAUGUACAUUUGUGAAAAAAAUUCCACAUACUUGGGAACAAUGUCUAGUUAUAUUUCCUUUAUUAUUCCUAAUGUUGUACCAGAAAUAGACUGAAACAUAUUAUUUAUAAGAGAAGCCAGUGUUGUAUAUACCGAGUUAUGAUGGAUAGCAUAUAUUGGGUCCUUUAUAAUCAUAUAAAGAUAAUAACAGAAAUUAUUUAAAUCAUUCAACAUAAAAUAAUUUUUAUAAAAUUACAAUAUUAUCUUAUAUAUUACACAACAUUUUCUGUAGAUUUUAAUGAAUUAAAAAAUAUGAUUAGAUUAGAUAUGAAUGAAUGAAAAAACAUAAUGCAUUAAUAGUAUAAAAAAAAGACAAUUAUUAUGAAAAAUUAAAUUGUUCUUCGCUGAUACGUAAUUUGCACCCUAUAUGACUGUUGAAGGAGCUUUAAAUAAAUAAAGAACUGUUUUUAAUGGAAAAGAAAUAAAUAAAAUGAUAAAAUGUUUUUCAAAUUAUCUAUUUGUAACAUUUAAACUGCUUAGUCAUGUUUUUUAUUAUUGAUUAGUAAUGAUAUCUAUCUUCAACUUAUCUAUCAGAAUCUCAUCUGUUCUCCUCUUCAUAUUAGUUGUAAUAGAAGUGAUCUUUGUAGAUUGACAUAUUCGCUUCAAUAAAUUAACAGUAAAUGUUUUCACAAUAGACCAUAAUCAAAUAUUUGUAGAUGAAGCUACUACUAAUUUUUCUAAACUUAAUGAGCUAUGUUUAAUUGGAUCAAAAUAUUUUGCAUAUAUUUAUGAAUGUGUAAAUACUUUAUUGAAAAGCAAUUCAUUCAUAUUUAUCUUAUACACUGGAAAAUGUUACUAAAUGUAAAAAAGUGCAAUAAUUACCUGUAAAUUGUGUUAUAAACCAAUAAAAU